AUGCCAGAGGACCCCGAAGGUCAAGCUGAGGUGGUCGGCGAGGGGGAGGUGCAGGUGCUGAUUCGAGACUUGACAGGAAAGACCGUGGUUCAAUGCAACACAUGUGGUAGCGCUGCUUUGCGUGAUCUCUCCCAGAAAGCCAAAGAAGCCAAGCCCGAGUGGAAGCAUCGUGGCAUCAAGUUUGUUUGCGACGGCAUGGUCGUAGCAUGCGACACCAAGAUCCACGUGCUUGUAAAGGAGAAGCAGGUCAGCCUCACAGCCAUUGCAGAAAACCACCCUUCUUUCGAGGAGGUGCUCCAUGACUGCCGUGCGCUGUUCUUGAUGCAGGUGGGGGAGGAUGCUCAAAGCCUGGACGAGCCGUUUAUGGAUUUGGGUGUCGACAGCCUGGCAGCCGUUGACCUUACAGCAUCCUUGCAACGCCACUUCGAUGUGGACAUGUAA